AUGGCUGCUAACAGUCAGAUGCACAACUUAACCACGCUCAUCAAGAGGCUUGAAGCUGCAACUUCGCGCCUCGAAGAUAUCGCUUCUUCGACCGAGCCUCCUGCCGAUGCCACCGUUCUCAACCAGGCGAUACCUUCACCUCCGAACCCCUCCUUAGCCGCUCCUCCUCCUCCAGCCGUCUCCGACUCCAAGGCCACUACUCCCGCUGCCGCGAAGCCCGAAUCUGUCGCCGAGCCGCUGCCAGAAUCUAUCGAGGAAUUCGAUGCUUUCCUAAACACUUCCGUUGAUAAAUAUGUGAAGUUGAGCCACCAGCUAGGAGGAUUGGUUGCUGAGCAGGCUGCGCUCGUCAAAUCUGGUUUUCAAGAGCAGCGCAAGUUUCUGCUGAUUUCCACAAAGGCGAAGAAGCCAAACCUCUCCGGACCUGAUCUGCCGGUAUAUGAGAGCCUCAUCAAACCCAUCAACGAGGCACUGAUGGCUGUUACCGAGCUCAAAGACGCCAACCGUCCUAGCCCUAUGUACACGCAACUCAGCACUGUCUCUGAUGGUAUCAUGGUUCUCGCAUGGGUUACCAUUGACACUCGCCCCUAUAAGCACGUGGACGAGUGCCUUGGCUCGGCUCAAUUCUUUGGGAACAGAGUUCUAAAGGAGCAGAAGGAUAAGGACCCCAAGCAGAUCGAAUGGGUUCAGAGCUUCUAUCAGAUGUUCCGCGAUCUUGCCGAUUAUGUCAAGCAAUACUUCCCAACAGGCAUUCCAUGGAAUUCGAAUGGCCAACCUGCUCAGGAAGUUCUCAAGUCAUUGUCUGCUGGUUCUGCGCCUACUUCCGUUCCCACUGCUCUGGCACCUGCUGCUGGUGGUGCUCCUCCCCCUCCCCCUCCUCCCCCUCCUCCUGGCCCUCCCCCUGUUCUUGAUAUCAAGACAGAUGAUGCUCCUGCGCCUGCAUCAUCUGGUGGAUUCGGAGCUGUCUUCUCAGAGCUCAACAAGGGCGACGCUGUCACCAAGGGUCUGCGUAAAGU